AUGAUCUUCCUCCUUAUUUUCACUGUUGUGCUGGCAAUCUUCAUUAGAAUUGUAGCACACCUCAUCACAAGAAGGGGACCUAGGGUGAUAAAGUUUGUUGGACCUCGUGGAGCAGGAAAGACCAAGACACUUAAUGCACUGAUGGGAAUUCAUGGUAGGACAGUCCCCACCCUUGAGAGCUACAAGGUAAUAUAUAAAGGUAUGGAAAUACAUGAUGUAAUUCCAAAGGAUGGAAGCUUUUUUGAAAGAUAUGGCAUUGAUGAUCCGUCGGCAACCUAUUUCUUCUUCUUAAGAAGUAUGGACGAUUCUUAUGGAAUUCCGGGGGCAAAAGGAUUGAAUGUAAGACUUGUAUAUUGUCAGCCAUAUGAUGGCAAAGAGGCCUUGGAGAGAGGUGUCCUUGUGUUGGACAAGGAUCUUACCCAUAUAGAAAAGUAUUUCUCCUAG